AUGAUGAGACAGCUUCGUUCCACAAUUGGACUCAUACUAUCCAUUGUCACCCUCAUUUCAGCUGCAGCAGCAGCGGCUACAUCUGCACCAAACUUGUACAAUUUUGAACCAACAUGGGAAAAUCUUCAUUAUACGCGUUCGAUCGAUUUGAAUAGAGGCUACGUUAAAGAGACGGACUUGAUUGAUAUCAAAAACAUUGCAUCUGCUCCACAAUCGGAUUACUACUACACUAUAAACGAUGGGUUUAACAGCGUAGGUAACAUUUCCUACAUUGACGUUGUACCUAUAGAUUCAGCUAUUGACAUUGGACUUGAAGAGAUUGUGCCUAGCCAAGUUUACAAAUUGAAAUUACCAGCUCCCGUGGCCCCUGGCUCAAAUAUUGAACUUGAGGUCAACUUUGUCUAUGCAAAUAAGUUGGAACCUAUUCCCAAAAAGAUCAAGUUGGAUGAAGUGCAACAAUUGUUGUACAAGACCAACAAGUUCCCAUUCUCGCCAUAUUUCACCAAGGACUACACGCUUGUGUUGACUGGUAUGACAAAAGGACAAGAGAUGCAGUUGGCCUUGGAUGAUUUACCAGAUGUUGUUGAGUCGCAAAACACCCCCGAUUUGAAACCUAGAGUUGAUAAAGAUACUCUUAAAUACGGUCCCUUGGUGCAUGACAUUGAGCCCUUCACUUUGAAACCCAUGGGAUUGAUGUACGAUCACAAUCGUCCAAUGACGAAAGUACUCAACUUGAACCGAUCAAUUUGGAUCCCAGCAUCAGACAUAAAUCGAGUUUCGAUUGAAGAAUAUUACGAAAUCACCAAUACUGGUGCUGAAUUAAGCUCGGGGUUCUCCAGAUUGGAGUGGCUAAAGGGCAAAUAUGAAGCUACGAGAAACCACUGGGCAUUAAGCCAUUUGGAAAUUCCGUUAAAGAAUCGUAACUUGGAUGAUUAUUACUAUACUGAUAAAGUCGGAGUUGUGUCAAGUUCGAAAAACAUUGCCAAUUUCUUAAUCUUGCAACCUAGAUUCCCAUUAUUUGGUAACUGGCACUACAAUUUCACAUUGGGGUGGUCGGAAAAUUUAGAUUUAUUCCUUCACAAAUCAUCUUCAUCAUCAUCAUCAUCUGCUGCUGCUGCUGCUGCUAAUGAAUACAUUUUGAAAUUCCCGCUUUUGAAUACGGUUCGUGAUGCAACGUAUGACGAUGUCUACAUUGAUUUUUACUUGCCCGAAGGUGCAGAAUUUGACCAUGUUGAUUCGUUGCUCCCUUAUGAAUCGGUGGCUGUUGAUUACGAAUUGUCGUAUUUGGACGUGUCGAAAGGGCAUGUGAAAGUGACGGUGCAUUUCAAAAACUUGUUUGAUGAUUUACACAAGUUGGACUUGUUUUUGACGUAUAGGUAUAACCGAACCAAUCUCUGGGUUAAGGUUGGAAAGAUUGCUGGAUUUGUGUUUGUGGGGUUGGUUAGUUACUACUUGUUGAAUAUUUUAUAG